AUGUCGGACGAAAUAGAGCGGCUCGUACUGUCGCCUUUCAAAGAGAUUGUCGAGAAGGCGAACACUGCUAUUGAGAAUGCCACGGAUGCGGACGACCAGGAAGCCGCGGCGCCUAUGCUCAAGGCUGCCCAGAGUUUGGUCAAAGAGGGCGAGAGAGCUUUGAAGAAGAUAGAACCUCUGUGCCAGCGGAAUUAUGCGACAUACGGAUCCAACUUUGUGGACGCCAUGAAAGAGAGUGACGAGAUUGCGCAAUUCCGGUCUGAGUUGGACGAUCUAUUAUGGGACUUUGACGAUUUCGUUGAGGUCGAUGAAUUCGAUCUUGAGAAGUUUGAAGAGCUACAGAAGGCCUCGAGAAAAGUCGCCCCAAAGAUUAUGGAUAUUCUGAAGCGAAUGAAACUGGUUGCGCCAGCGCCGGCACCAGCGCCGGUGGCUGCUUCCGAACCGUCAGAGUCCUCGAGGCAUGCGAGCGUCAUCAUAGACCCGCCAUCAGGUCCUAACAGGACGAUCGACGAAGUUGAGCAGCAAUUGAGUGAUAUGCUCGUGAUGGGCGCACAAGCUGGGCCAGACUUGGGUGUUGAUGCACCCACAGGCCCCAGAGCCACCUCCAGAGCGGCCUCUCGGUCAGUCAGUGACCUUGAUAGGCACAGCUCUCGCCAGUCGGAAGUGUUUGAGGAACCGCUGGAGCCUCCACCUCGGCCACCGUCCGCAGACCCUUGGCAAGUGGACAGGCCGCCGCCGCUCAGUCCAAACGCCCUUUCUGAAGAUGGAAACCCCGUAGAAAGACGACGACCAGUGCAUGGAGGCGGUGAUUCACCAACAUUGCCGCCCACGAUUCCUGGGGUGAACCAGAGAAAUUCCUCGACCAGUUCUCGAAGUCAUACCCAGCGUCUCACUAGCAAUAGCAACCCUAGCUGGGGUUACAACGCCGGUGCCACGAAUCAAGCAGACAGGGAGUCCUCUCACUGGCAUGACAGAUCCCCCGUGACCGACUUUGGGACUAAUGGACGACUACGCGCGGAUUCUGCGGCAAGGUCAAGACCUAGUUACACCAGCGUCGGUAGCAAUGAGCCGCCGAGAUAUUCCGGUCAGUCCUUCGAUUCCAUCUCUGACUCAAGUCGGUCCCCUUCCAACGCGUCUCCUCAUUUUGGCAACCCAUCCCCUGCAAUCCCCGAGGAUAGUGUUGUCAACAACUAUACUCAUCGGUUGGGCCAUACAGGUAUCAUGAACUAUCCGCCAAGACAAGCAUCCUUGAACGCAAAUACACAUCCGGCUCGCCAACCCUCCGUCGAUUCUCUCAACAGCUCCAUAUUCGAUCUAGUGCCUUACGAUGGAGCAACAAGUCCGGUGGCCAGUACGCAACGCACAUCCUCUGUGCCUUCAGUGACACCGGGAAGCCCUUAUUCGCCGGGAGGCCAGCUACCUCAGUACUCUGCCCAGCCGCCUAUGUAUACGAACAAUACCAGAUCACCUGUACAUUCUCCCGUGGAAAGCUCCAAUAAUCACUCAUCUACAACACUUAGAACUACACAACCUCGACCGCCUACGAGCAAUAGUUUCUCUGCCCCGUUCUCACCCCAAGGUUUCGAAGAUUCUGGACUUAUUCCCGUCGAAUCUGAGACACCUGAAAACCUGCCGAUGCCAUCAAGGCAACCGGACUGCAGCAUAGGACCCCAUUCGUCGUUUUACCAGUUGAAGGGCUUUUGCAAGGGCGCACAGGAAGUAAUGGGAGGAGACCUGGGUUUCAAGAAGAUUAGAAAACCUGUCGGAGGAUUUUCGCACACGACGGUGGCGAAGUGCACAAGCUGUCUCUACGAACUUGACUACAGUGUUGUGGAAAAGGACUUAAAAAAUGAACCAUCGGGUAAUUUCACGUCAAAUAACGUUGGGUUUCGUCUGCGAAUCCUACAGAAGAGCCACCUGCCUGUAAGGCAUAUCGAAGAGCAGAUAUAUGGGUGCAUGUUUUGUAUCCAUGAGGGGAGGACACUAGACGAGAGCGAUGCAACAGUUUUCUUCAGCCAAAAGCAGCUCUUUGCGCACAUGGCACGCCAUCCGCGACCCCUUCCGGCCAUACCAGGCGUAACUAUCGUUGAGGGUCCCGAAAUACCUCGGAUCUACCAGAAUAAUUUCGACCUACACUUCCCGAACCCCCCAAUGCAGUCGGUCAUGUCGGGGAUCGCGCGUGAGGUGGGAAAACUGCCGACAGCUGUCGCGACAGAGACUAGGAGAAACGCACACGGUAUCCUCCGAAGCCCCCCGGACCGUGGCGGCGUCUUGCAGUUCGCUGUAGGUGCCAAGAUCGUCGGCAUCGAGUUCCCGGCAAAGUACGAGGGGAAAUGGGGCAUCGGGUGGCACGAUGGAGUCCGGGCCGCCUUCGAGGCCGAGUCGGUGCACCUGGACGCGCCGCCCAAGAGCGAGACGAGGAUGCAGGGGACGAGCAGCAUGCAGGCCACCGUGCGGUGGAACUGGAGCCAGAAGGGCGAGGGCAACUGGCUCAAGCUCAACAAGGGAGACGUCGUCAAGAACAUCAGCUGGACGUACUCGGACCACUGGUGCUGGUCCGGUACCUCGGGCAAGGGCUGGGGCAUAUUCCCGCAGUCGCACCUUGAGCCUCACUCGGUCAAGAUUGUGCGGCCCGACACGGACAGCAUCAGCAGCUCGGAGAAGAAGGGACCAUUGGGUCGUUUCUCAAUCAGGAAGAAUACCGAGAAGAAGGGUGACCGGAAGAUGGUGCAAGCUCUGAACUAG